GAUUGGAACACCUUUCUGUUCUUGCCUGAUAGAUUAAUUGGCCUUAUACUUUUCUUUUUCUUACCGGUCUUGUCUUACAUCCAGCAUCUACAGAGUACAGCAUCACCAUGCAUCCCGCCGCGCUUCUCCUUGCUCUCACCCUCUCUGCCCACGCAGUGCCUGUCCUCAAUUCUCGUGGGAACGACACCUACGAGCGCAGAGAUGUCCCCUACAGAGUCGUCAACGUUGCAGGUCCUACCACCCCCAUUGUCGAAACAAUCACCGCGACAAGUCCACCGGCCACCAUCACGGUCACCGAAUACCCCUCGUCCACACCAGAUGUCGUGCCUGGCCCUUCCUACUCGUCCUGGCCAGCUGGGUCGGUCGUGAGCGAUGCUUCUCUUGAGCGCCGUGAAUCCAACAACACCAAGAGGGCGUUCCGUCGGUUUGGUGCAGAGAUCUCCGAUGCCACCGCUAUCAACAGCACGGAAACCCAUGCAAUUGCCGCUCGCAGUAACGACACCAUUCCAGCCGUGGGCGAGCAUGCUAUAACGCCCGAUCGUCGAUCCGACUCACGCAAUGAGACGGAUUACGGUCUGAAUGCUCGUAGCAACACCACUUCUGAGGUUUUCGCCCGGGGUAAUGAUACCAUCUCCAAGGUGGUGGCUCGCCAACCCUCACUCCACGAAUCUGAGGCGGCCAACAGCACUUCUGAGAUUGUUGCUCGCAGCAACGAUACUGUCUCCAAGAUUGCAGCCCGUGGUGUGGACAUUGCACAGCGAGCAGUGAACGACAGCAAGGUCACCUCCCACCCGGUUAGGGAUUUGAAUGGAACGGCCCUGCAGGUUCGAGAGCUCAAUGCUACCAACGUUGAUGCUGCCGCUGCCAGUCCUGUUGACAAACGUCGACUCAACACUACUGAAGCAUCUCCCAAGGUUUUUGCGCGGAGCUCCAACGACACUGUGAUUCAAUCCCGACAAAUACAGGAUGCCGUUACUGAUGAUGCCGCUUGGACUUCCAAGCAUGACAAUGCCACCAAGCUUGCUAUCGAGCCCAAGGCUCGGGCCCUAAAUAAGACUAAGAAAGCCCCUAUCCCACGUGUGGCCAGAAGCUCGAACGAGACGGUCUCACAGGGGAAGGAUAAGAAGGUUGUUGAAUGAAUGCUUCCACGGGCCUUAUCACAUUUCUUUGCUUUAAAAUGAUGUUUCCAACGACUAUUAUGAAACACCGGAUGGAUCUGACGGACAGCGGACAAGCGAC